GCGAAAACGAGACAAAGUAGUCACGGUUCGCGUAAAAACCACGAUGGUGUUCUAUUUUACAAGUGAUGUUGUCCAACCAGCACAUACGAUUUACAUGGGAGUUGACAAAUAUGAAAAUGAAGAUCUGAUUAAGUGGUCAUUUCCUGAAGACGUAUGGUUUCAUGUUGACAAGUUGUCCUCUGCUCAUGUUUACCUGCGCCUCCAGCCAGGUGAAACAAUAGAUGCCAUCCCCCAGGCUGUAAUACAAGACUGUGCACAGCUGGUCAAGGCAAACAGUAUACAAGGCUGUAAAAUGAACAACAUCGAUGUUGUAUAUACCAUGGCAACCAACCUAAAGAAAACCCAGGGAAUGGAAGUAGGGCAAGUUGGUUUUCAUAAACACAAAGAGGUAGUCACAGUUCAUGUAGAAAAAAAGUUAAAUGAAAUAGUAAAUAGGUUAAAUAAAACAAAAGAAGAAAAACAUCCAGAUUUGAGGGCACUUAGAGAGGAGAGAGAUAGAAGAGAAAGAGAAGACAAAAAACAGACAGAAAGGGAACGAAAACAAAAAGAAAAAGAAGAGCAAAAAAGGAAAGAGGAGGAAGCAAAACUCAGGAGUUAUGAUUCUUUAAUGACGCCUAGCAAUAUGACUUCAAAUCAGGAUAGUGGCAAUGACUCAGAUGACUUUAUGUAGACUACUAAACAUCUGGAUGCUUCCCUGUAUACAAACUAUUAGUUGUUUCCCAUCAUAUGGACAUUUCUGGUUGAUAAAUCAAAAUAACAAUAAAUACAAUUAUGAUGGAGUGAUACUGGUGUCCAAAGACAUUUUCAGGGACCUCUUAUUAAAAAAAUUAAAGACUGCAAAUUAACAGAAACAAACCCAUCCUAUCUGUUUACUUGAAACUGAGAUUAUUUAACUUUUCAGAGAUUUUUAACCUCAAGUUGCUUUGUAAGAGUGAAGUAAUGAUAAAGCUUAUUUAUGAUGCUGCAGUUUAAAUGAACUAUAACAUGAUACAAAUUUCCAGCAAUAUCAUAUUUAGUAAAAUCUUCUGGAUACUGUACCAGCUCAUGGGAAAUGUUGGUAGUGCUGUAUUUCCUAUCCUGUCAGAGAUUUGCGUUAGUAUGAGCAGGAUCUCAUAUGAAGUUGCGAACAAAUGUUUUAGUAACAAUUCUAGAUCUGCUAAACAAAGCAUCUUGAAACUGUUAUCUGGGCAUAAGUAUUUCAAGCAAAAUACAAGGUGACUCGUUGA